AUGGCUCUUGGGCCUCUAGAGAGGCGCAAGCCCGAGCCAGAGCCAAGGCCCGAGCCAAAGCAAGAACCCGAGCCCGGGCCAGUAAAUCCCAAACCGGACAGAAGCCGCCGGCCGCAACAACACCUGAGCAAAGAGGAAAUGGCUGAUGCAAAGGAAAAGUUUUCUCUCAUCUCGAGGAACGGUGAAUACAUCACUUCCAAGGACAUGGCGGCCCUCUUUCGAACCAUGGACCAACCAAAGAGCGACCCAGAGAUUCAGCAGAUGAUUGACGAAGUGGACACGACCGGCAGAGGCGUCGUGGACUUUGAAGACUUUUUAAGCAUGGAAAAACCAGACCAGCUGCCGGACUCUGAGCAGGAGCUGCGAGAAGCCUUUCGGGUAUUUGAUAUGAACGACGAUGGCUUCAUCUCCCCGGAGGAACUACAUGAUUGUCUGCGGCAGCUUGGCGAGAGAUUGACUGAUGAUGAGGUUGAUGAGAUGAUACGGGAAGCUGACUUGGAUGGGGAUGGGAAGAUUGACUACCAUGAAUUUGUGCAGAUGAUGCGCGGGGCGACUUGAUUGAUGAUGGUAUGUGUAGACUGAGUAUCACCCAGACGUUGGUACGUUGUGUAAACGUUUUGGGACAGGCCAUAAGAAAUCACUGCCUAUAUU